GAGCCCGCUGUCUGUGGGGCCAUGAGGGCGAAGCGAGGGCGCUCCGGCGUGGGCAGGGCCUCGGGUCCCGGGCUCUACGCGGCUGCCGCUUCGGUGCUGUCGGGGCUGGAGCAGCGCUCGGGCUCCCUGAAGGGCCUGGUCUACGGGAGCGGCUUCCCAGGGCCCCGCCUGCUCCUGGCGCUGGUCUCGGGGACGCUCCGCUUCGGCCCCGUGCUGGAGGCCUUGUUCGAGGCGUCGGGCCUACUCCGCGCGGAGAAGAAGCUCCCUCCUCAGGUGGCGAAGGUCCUGGCCUACGAGCUGCUCUUCGGGAGAGGCCUGCGGGGAGGCGGGCCUUGGAAGGCGGCGCUGCUGAAGCACCGGGCUCGCCUGCAGGCCGAGCUGGCCCGCCUCAAGGUGCGCCGGGGAGUCAGCCAAGACCAAGACCUCCUGGCGGCCCCUGCUGGCCGAGACCGGGACUGCACCCCGCCGCGCUAUGUUCGAGUCAACACGCUCAAGGCGCGCGCUGAUGACGUCGUGGACUACUUCAAGCGGCAAGGCUUUGUUUACCUAGGAAGGGCCACCCCUGAGAUGAAGGAGGUCGCCUCCUUGACUGGGAAAUCCUUCCUUUUGGACCCGCACCUCCCUGGAUUGCUUGUCUUCCCCUCAGGGACGGAUUUCCACCAGGAUCAGCUCUACAAAGCAGGGCACAUUAUCCUCCAGGACAAGGCCAGCUGCCUCCCGGCUUUCCUCCUCGACCCACCACCCGGGUCUCACGUCCUUGACGCCUGCGCCGCUCCCGGCAACAAGACCAGCCACUUGGCCGCCAUCAUGCGCAACAAAGGGCGCAUCUUUGCCUUUGACAUCGAUGCCAAGCGCCUGUCCACUAUGAGCACCAUGUUGGCCAGGGCUGGUUCCACCUGCCAUGAGCUGGCACACCGGGACUUCUUGACAACCGAUCCCAGCGACCCCAAAUACAGCCGAGUACAAUACAUCCUCCUGGAUCCAUCCUGCAGCGGGUCUGGCAUAGUGGGCCGGCUGCCGUACGAAGAGGAGGAGGAGACAGACGCCCAACGGUUGCAGGCGCUGGCCGGGUUCCAGCGCAGGAUGCUUCUGCACGCCUUGAAAUUCCCAGCUCUGCGCCGUUUGGUGUAUUCCACCUGCUCCUUGCACCAGGAGGAAAACGAGGAGGUGGUGCGCGACGUCCUAGAACAGCAUGGAGAACAUUUCCGACUGGUGGAAGCCCUCCCUUCUUGGACCCCUCGGGGCCUAGGGGUCUUCGCAGAGGCCAAGUGCUGCCUCCGAGCAUCGCCCAAAGAAACGCUGACCAAUGGGUUCUUUGUGGCGGUGAUGGAAAGGCGGCAGGUGGGAACUCAGGGCCAGAGCUCCCCAACAAUGCUCCCUGAAACUGGCAGCCAAGGAGGAGCUGACAAGCCCAAAAAGAAGAAGAAGAAAAAGAAACAGAAGCUCCACUGACAAGUAAAAUGUUUUCAAAUGCACCGGGACUUCUUGAUAACCAAUCCCAGCGACCCCAAAUACAGCCAAGUACAAUACAUCCUCCUGGAUCCGUCCUGCAGCGGGUCUGGCAUAGUGGGCCGCUUGCCGUACGAAGAUGAGGAAAUGGACGCCCAACGGUUGCAGGCACUGGCCGGAUUCCAGCGCAGGAUUCUUGAGCACGCCUUGAAAUUCCCAGCUCUGCGCCGUUUGGUGUAUUCCACCUGCUCCUUGCACCAGGAAGAGAACGAGGAGGUGGUGCACGACGUCCUGGAGCAGCAUGGAGAACAUUUCCAGCUGGUGGAAGCCCUCCCUUCUUGGACCCCUCGGGGCCUAGGGGUCUUCGCAGAGGCCAAGUGCUGCCUCCGAGCAUCGCCCAAAGAAACGCUGACCAAUGGGUUCUUUGUGGCGGUGAUGGAAAGGCGGCAGGUGGGAACUGAGGGCCAGAGCUCCCCGACAGUGCUCCCUGAAACUGGCAGCCAAGGAGGAGCUGACAAACCCAAGAAGAAGAAAAAGAAACAGAAGCUCCACUGAACAAGCAAUCUCUCUCCAAAUGCAGUGUAUCUCUGUGUUUGUUGAUGUACUGCUACUCCCACCAUUCCUACUCCUGGUAGGAAUUGGGAUCCAGUAAUAUCUGCAAGACCUAAUGUUCCCAAUACCUCAACUGCCACAGAAAGACUUUGAGGCUAUUUACACUAUGGCAGUGGUUCUCAAUCUGUGGAUUCCCAGAUGGUUUUGGCCUUCAAUUCCCAGAAAUCCUAACAGCUGGUAAAUGGCUAGGAUUUCUGAGAGUUGUAGGCCAAAACACCAGGUUGAGAACCACUGCACUAUGCAAUUAUAAUUUUCAUAUUACAGUUUAGCUGCCAUGGCUCCUCUAUCCUGUGGAACUCUAGGACUUGUUUCUCUGAGUAUCACUUCCUAAACUACCAAAACCAGGGUUCCAUAGGACGGAUGGCAGUCAAAGAGGAAUAAAAACGCUAUAAUUGUGUGGUUAGAGGAGUUUGCAGUUGAGCUGACCAUCAGGGGUAUGGGUAUAAUGCAUCGCUUUUCCAUCUAAACCAGCGGUUCUCAAAUCUGUGGAUCCCCAAAUGUUUUGGCCUUCAACUCCCAGAAAUCUUAACAGCUGGUAAACUGGCUGGGAUUUCUGGGAGUUGUAGGCCAAAACACCUAGGGACCUACAGGUUGAGAACAACUGAUUAGGGCUUUCUGAUGGUAAGCCAUCAAGCAGUGGGAUAUGCUGCCUUGAAGCAUAGUGGAGUUGUGGAAGUUGUAGUGUAAAUUAUAUGGAAGGCACAAGGCUUUGUAUCCUUACUUAUUUGAAUUACGAGAUGGCUCACCAUGAGGGUUAUGUUUGCCUCAUCGUCAAAGGUUCUUACCUGUAAACUUUAAAAAAUAAUCACUUCCAUUCCCCUGUUCCUAAAAAGGAAAUAGGGUUGAGAGAGAAAAUGAAUUGUCCUUGGUUUUGUGGUUCCUGUAGAGUGGAGUGAUUGUUCAUUUCUUAAAAGAUCACCAUAUUGCCAUUUUGAUAAUUAAUUCAAAAUGUGAUACCCACUGACACUCAUCUGUUGUCUUGACAGUGUAAAAUAGGGAUCGGGCAAACAAAGGAAUCUGGCAUGCAGCUCCUAUUAUCCAUCUUUGGCUGAUGGGAAAUUAUAUCAACAGCACACCUGGACCACAAACAGUUUUGAACUCUCUUGGCUGGAGAUUUGGCUGAUGCCUGUGGGUUUCUCUCACAUGGAAAAACAAAGCAUAGGAUUAUCAGAAUAUAAUGUAGUCUUCCUCAGCUCAGCCUCCUCCAUAUACUUUGGACUGAAACUCCCACGAUUGCUUACCAUGGGUGAUUAUUACCAAAGGUUAAUAGCCUGCAUUUUUCUGCUGACAAGAUGACAGUGCCUUUUGCUAUUAGCAGCCAUUCCAUGCAGGCUAUGUUAUUUGUUUUAAGUUGUAUGGUUGGGAUUUGUAUAUUUUAUAUUGUGAUAGUGGUUGUGUAAAUUAAACGAAAAGAACAUACCUG